GGGAGUGCAGCGAGCUAGUGGCGGUGCCGUUCGCCCCUCUUUCUGUUAUUUCAGGCAGAUGCGGGGAAGCGGGAGAGGAGGCGGCUGGCUCUCCCACUGCCGGAGGGGUUGUCGGCUCGGGGUUGUUUGGGCCGCUCCGCUCCGCAACCAAGGACGCUGGAAGCCGCCUCUACGGAGCGCCCUCCCUUCCCCGCGGCUGAGAGUUUUCCUUGAAUUCGCUCAACCCCCACCCCUUCCUUCGCUUGUCCUCCUUGCCAUGCACCAGGAUCGAACCACCGCUAGCGGCGGCGGCGGCGGCAGCGGCGGCGGCAGGAGGAACUUCCCAAACAGGAACCUAAUGGCUGCGAAGGUGAACCUCUAAGCGCGAAGUCCCCCCUCCCCACACCCGCCUCAUCCUGCCCCGGGAAGAGAGCCGUGCAGAGGGGAAGAAGAGGCGGGCAAGCCACCAUGAGCCCGGGGGCUCAGCACUGAUGCUGGCACCGUUGCCUCCCCGGUGGGACACUUCCCUCCUGUGGGGCACCGCGGACCGCGAAAGCUGCGAGCGGGAAGCGCCCGGAGAAGAGGGGAAAAGCGGGGAGAGGAAAACUCCAUUCGGCCGCUUAAGACUCCCGAGCCCGCCGCUGAACUUCCCUUGAACUCCCGAUUGCGCUUCUCCUUUGGCCCCGGAGCCUUCCUGGCCGAGAGAUUAUUUUUUAUUAUUAUUAUCCUGAUUGCAGUUUUUUUCCAGGCGUCGCAAUCGGCUCUUUGAAAAAUAUACACAACACACACACACACAGAACUAUUUUUGGCCAAUAUCAUGGCGAUGAAAGGAGUUGUCGCAAACCCCGGGAUCUUGUUAGUUACGGCCAACGUCGGAUCCUUGUUCGAUGAUCCAGAAAACCUGCAGAAGAACUGGCUUCGGGAAUUCUAUCAGAUUGUACAUGCACAUAAGCCACACUUCAUGGCAUUACAUUGUCAAGAGUUUGGAGGGAAAAACUAUGAAGCAUCUAUGUCUCACGUGGACAAGUUUGUUAAAGAAUUGCUAUCUAGUGAUGCAAUGAAAGACUACAACAGAGCCCGGGUUUAUCUGGAUGAAAAUUUCAAGUCACAGGAACACUUUACGGCACUGGGCAGCUUUUACUUUCUACAUGAAUCCUUGAAAAAUAUUUACCAAUUUGACUUUAAAGCUAAGAAAUACAAAAAAGUUACGGGGAAAGAGAUCUAUUCAGAUACAUUAGAAAGUACACCUAUGCUGGAAAAAGAAAAGUUCCCACAGGAUUAUUUCCCUGAGUGCAAGUGGUCCAGAAAAGGAUUCAUACGAACAAGAUGGUGUAUUACUGACUGUGCCUUUGACUUGGUAAACAUCCAUCUUUUCCAUGAUGCUUCCAAUUUAGUUGCUUGGGAAACAAGCCCAUCUGUUUACUCAGGAAUAAGGCAUAAGGCCCUUGGUUAUGUACUUGACAGAAUUAUAGAUCAGCGGUUUGAACGAGUUUCAUAUUUUAUCUUUGGUGAUUUCAAUUUUCGACUGGAUUCAAAGUCAGUGGUAGAGACACUUUGUGCAAAGGCUACAAUGCAGACUAUCCGGGCUGCUGACACUAAUGAAGUAGUCAAACUAAUAUUCCGUGAAUCUGAUAAUGACCGAAAGGUUAUGCUACAGUUAGAAAAGAAACUCUUUGACUAUUUUAAUCAAGAUGUUUUUAGAGAUAACAAUGGCACUGCGCUUUUGGAAUUUGACAAAGAGCUGUCAGUCUUUAAAGACAAAUUAUAUGAACUGGACAUUUCAUUUCCUCCCAGCUAUCCAUAUAGUGAAGAUUGUUGCCAGGGAAUGCAAUACAUGAACACUAGAUGUCCAGCUUGGUGUGACAGAAUCCUUAUGUCACAUUCUGCCAAAGAAGUUGUUUUGAAGUCUGAAAAUGAUGAACGGCAAGUGGUGUAUGACCAUAUAGGACCAAAUGUCUGCAUGGGGGACCACAAGCCCGUGUUCCUGUCCUUUCGAAUAGCCGCUGGGGCAGGUAAACCUAUUGCCAAUAUGCACAAGUGUUGUGUCGUGCAGUGACGUGGUGGAAAAAGAUGCCUCCGACAUGAGAAGAUACUUCGGGAAAGUUCAUUAUAGCGAGGAGGAAGAGGAGGAGGAAGCUUCAAACUCCCGCCCAUCGCUUAAAUCGUGACAGCUCUAGCCAUCCAUCCAUCAAGUCCUGCGUGCCCUGUUCUUCUUUUAUUAUUAUUACUGUUCUUGUUAUUUUAGGCUGUUUAUGCUCCACUAGCUUAUUUCUGGCGUGGACACAAGUCCCCACCACCCCCAAAAAAUCUCUUAUACCUCACUGUCUUGUAUAUUCUUGUGUCAUCAAAAGUGGACUUUUUAUUUUUAUAUGGCAAUGCCUAUGUUAUACUACAGUCUGGUUGCCAAAACACACCUACAAAAAAAUCCUCAUAUUAAUUUUUUUUUUCCACAGUGUUUUGUGUCUUGGAUUUCACUGUGAGGUUUGUGUUUUUAGUUGGUCAAUGUGGAAUGAGUGUGUGCAUACAUGUAUAUAUGUAGACACACUUUCCAUGUUAAGACCGUUUUUCAGCACCCUUCCCUAGCUUAAAGCCAGGUUGGGAUUUUAUAUAUUGCCUUGUAUAGAAGUCCUGCUGUGUUAUUAUUGUUGUUGUUUGAUCCUGUGAUAUUUGGGGGUGGGAAAAAGGAUCCAAGUUUGUUUUGUUUGGGUUUUGUUUUGUUGUCCUUUUUAUAACUUGUUUUCUCAUGUUAUUUACUAUACUGCCAUGUUCCAUGGUUUCUGAAUCACACAACAGCAGCUGCUUUCUAUACGUGUAUAUAUUUAUAUAUAUAUUGUAUGUGAGUGUGUAUAGAGAUAUAUAUAUAUAUACACAGAUAUAGAAAUAAUUUAUAAUUACAAACGGUCUUGUCUUUCCUGAUACAAAUAAGACUUUUUCCAACAAUAAGAUCCCUGUUGUCCGGCAGGAAAUUCUGCCACCGGGUUAUUCACCUCUGGAUUAACUUGCAACCCGAGGGAAAAGGGAGGCAGGGUCCGCCGUGGGAAGGGGAGGCUGUUGGACGCUUCACAUACACACACAGACACACACCCCUCCUGAAACGCGUUUCCUCCACGGUAGAAAGGGCCGGCUUUUCACGGAGACACCCCCCCCCUCCGGGGGCGU